CCCUCCUCUAUCACACACCUCCUCACUCCCGGUUUUAACUCUUAGCCCCACACACAGAGAGUAACAGAAACACUAGCUACCACUGUACAGUGAAGGUAGAAGAGAAGGGAAGAGAGAUUUGAUGAGGUUGGGAGGGAAGGGCUUUAGUUGAAGAGAGUAAAAGAGCGGGCAUUCUGCAGCAAUUAAUGCCUUUCAGCAAGAAAGCGUGAGAUAGACCAUUCACUCCUUUUCACGGAUAUAUAACUUUUAACGCAUUUAGAGCGACGCCUACAUUGCAGUUUUCGCAAUUCAAAUGGAGCUUAGCAAAGUAACGCUGGAGAUCUUUUCCAAGCUUGAGCAGAAGUGGUUAUCCCACUGUGAGAAUGCCAAGAAAACGCGGGUGCUCAGCAUUGACGGCGGUGGAACUACCGGUAUUGUCGCCGGUGCUUCUCUUAUUCACCUCGAGGACCAGAUCCGCCUCAAAAUCGGUGACCCUCAGGCUCGAAUCGCUGAUUUUUUUGACAUCAUCGCCGGCACUGGCAUCGGUGCUCUCCUUGCUGCCAUGCUGGCCGCUGAUGACGGCUCUGGCCGUCCUCUUUUCACUGCCAGAGACGCGGUAGCAUUCCUAUCAGAGGAAAAAUCGGAGCUCUUUAAGGUCAAGCUCCGUAGUUUCCUCCGCCGACGCAGAAGAUUCUCCGGUAAGAGCAUAGACAAGGCUUUAAAGGAAGCAUUCAGGCGAGAUGACGGAAAGAUCUUGACCUUAAAGGACACGUGUAAGCCUCUUCUCAUUCCUUGCUUUGACCUCAACAGCUCUGCUCCCUUCGUUUUCUCCAGAGCAGAUGCGUCAGAGUCACCGAGUUUCAACUUCGAUCUCUGGAAAGUCUGCCGUGCCACGCUAGCCACGCCAAGCCUUUUCAAGCCGUUUAACUUGACGUCCGUCGACGGGAAGACCUCUUGCUGCGCCAUUGAUGGUGGCCUAGUGAUGAACAACCCGACUGCUGCGGCAGUUACACACGUGCUCCACAACAAGCGAGAUUUCCCAUCAGUCAACGGAGUAGAGGAUCUGUUGGUUCUAUCCUUGGGUAAUGGUCCAUUGAAUGGAUCGUUAAGUAGGAGGAAUCACCGGCAUAACGUGGAGUGCUCCACUUCGUCCGUUGUGGAUAUUGUGCUUGAUGGAGUUUCGGAGACUAUAGACCAAAUGUUGGGGAACGCUUUUUGUUGGAACCGUUCAGACUACGUCAGAAUCCAGGCAAAUGGAUUGACGAGCGAUGGACUGAUGGGCCCGAGUGUGGAAGAGGAGGUGUUGAAGGAGAGAGGAGUGGAGUCCUUACCGUUUGGCGGGAAGCGGCUAUUGACGGAGACGAACGGACAAAUAAUCGAGAGCUUCGCUCAAUGCCUUGUUGCUUCAGGAAGGAGUAGCUUGCCACCUAGUCCUUGCAAGGAUUCCGCCGUUAGCCCUCUAGCCAACGGCUGUUAGUUAGUUUUGGCUACCCUUCCCAUGUUGUUUUUUUUUUUUUUUUUUGGCAGCCAAUCUCGGGUUUUCUUUAACUAUCUGUGUUUGGAGUAAAAUGGGUAGUAGCUAAUAAUUACCUGUUUAGACCAUCCAUCCCAUCUCUAUCUCUCUGUGGUAAAAAAUUGAUUAGGUGUGUUCCUUUGACUGAGGACAAAUUGAUUAGUUGAAAAAGCAACGUAAAGUUAAUUAAUUAAAUAUUCGUCAUUGUCAUUGAUCCACGUAAGAA